GAAAGCGCCGCAGUAGAGAGUGGGCGAGCUAUUCCAUAAAGCGGCGCGAGUUCGCGGUGUGUUUUGGCCGAGAGAGUGGAGCUGAACUCCGGACACAAAUACACGAGGAAGGCAGAGGCGUGUGGCUCCUUUCUAGCGCGGUGUCGUUCCUUAUCAUAUCUCAGUAUAACUCGCACCUACAGUAAUAGUUUCUCGCAUACCUCGCACUGUGAUUCAAGCCGUUUUGAAGAAUAACACACAUUCACUCUCGUGUUGUUACCAUCUCGACAACAAACGCCAGUCUCUUAAACCUCACCAAACAUUCCCUUAAAGUUGACUGUCACGCCUGAUAUCGAGGAGCUGGUUGUAAUUUGAGGGCGUCGGGCGUUUCGACGUGGUUUAAAAGUUUCCUGCGCGGAUUUGUUUUUCUAAGUUUCGUGCGUUGAAGUGAGACGUUUGGGCCCGCAGUCUCCCGUGUGUGGAGAGCAGAUACAGUUCACUGGUGGUCUGGAGAGCUCUGCGUACGGAGCUAGAACCUGGACAGCUCAUGACUUCAGACCAGGAAGGAAAAACUAUCGUGGAGCCACAGGUGCAGCAGUCACAGGACGUAAAGGAGAAAGAGAUUGAUCUUUUGGAAUCUUCAAAGAUCUCCGACCUCAAUCCCAAUGCAAAGGCAUGGGCCAAUUACAUACCUAAACUGGAGGCCUCUGCUCCAACCUGCACAGAUUUUCAACAGUCAUGGAUAGAAGCCGAUGAUGACCCAUCAAGCACCAUCUCAGGAGGUUAUAACAACAGUGAAAACAAAGGGAACUGGAAUGAGGAACAGCAGGUAUCUACCACUGUAGAACUGCCAUUUGCAGCACAGCCAGAAUCAGUGUGUAUUGGAAGCUCAGCCAGCGAAAAAGGCAUUGUGUCAGACCAGAACACCAGUAUGAAAGGAUUGGAUGACGACUCCAGCCAAAUUGAAGACCUUCGAGAACAGCUGAAGGCGACACUGGAGUUCUGCCUCUCUAGGGAGAAUCUCGCCAGUGACAUGUAUCUCAUUUCGCAAAUGGACAGUGAUCAAUACGUGCCAAUAGUGACUUUGGCGAACCUCAAUCAAAUCAAGAAACUCACCACGGAUGUGGACCUCAUUGCAGACAUACUAAAAACACUGCCUCUUGUCCAAGUGGACAAAUGUGGAGAGAAAGUGCGGCCCAAUCAGAACCGCUGUAUUGUGAUUCUCAGAGAGGUUCCUGAGGCAACUCCUCUGGAGGAAGUUGAAGCACUCUUUAAGAGUGAUAACUUGCCCAAAUUCAUCAAUUGUGAGUUUGCAUACAACGACAACUGGUUCAUCACGUUUGAAUCGGAGGCUGAUGCUCAGAUGGCAUAUCAGUAUCUCAGAGAAGAGGUGAAAACUUUUCAAGGAAAGACAAUUAAGGCUAGAAUAAAGGCCAAGGCCAUUGCUGUCAAUACCUUUGUGCCAAAGAAUGGGUAUCGGCCAGUGGACGUGUCCUCAAACAUCCAACAGCGCUACACCCCUUACUACAUCCCACCUGUGUACGGAGCACAGCAACAGUUCCCACUGUACCGUCUAGUUACCCCUCAGGGCUGGUCAGCUACCCAGAGCUACCUGGACCCCACACUGGUUACUCCAUUUCCCAGCCCUGCUUUCAUUAAUGGUUUCGCUGGUUCUCCAACAUUUAAAUCGGCCAAUUCUCCUUUAACUGUCAGACAGUAUGCACCUCGAAACAGGAGCCACAACAAAACACACAUUCAUCUCAUGGCAGAACGUGGAACCACUCUGCUGGAGAACCCUGCUGCUUUCUCUACCUUCCAUUCAGAUAGAGUCCCCAAUGGGACACGCCCUCCACAAGCUCAUCACUUGGGUAACCGACCUCGAUUACCAAGCGGUCUGGCCUGUCCUCGCCGGGACCAGGUGGGAAGUGGACGAAUGGAGAUGAACGGAGCAGAUUACUCUUUGAACACGGGGCGUGGAAGGAGAGGUGGCUAUGGGUACAGAAAAAGGAGGGAUGACAACAAGUUUCCAAGAGCCUGCACACAGUCGCCCCCUCCUGCUCAGGAGCGCACUCCAUCUCCCAGCUUUGAGCUGGGCCUCUCAAGCUUCCCUCCUCUGCCUGGAGCCGCAGGAAAUCUAAAGCCUGAAGUAAAAACUGAAAUCAGUCUUGACAACCGACUGUCUGACAUUGUCACUGGAGCGGUUAAAGACAAGCCUCUAAAUAAGGAUGUGGUCACCACCCGUGUGAUCUCAGGGACCCCCAAAGAAUCCAUGCAGGCUGUUCCUGCCCCUGCUGCUGCUCAGAUCCCGGUGGACCAGCAAAACUCACACUCUCCAGCCCUUCCAAGCCUGACACCUGUAGAAAACCCUAAAGAGACGCAAACACCUGCAGAGAAAUGCUCAGUUACACGCACUUCUAAAACCGCACCACUGAGCAAUCCAGUUACGGAGCCCCGGAAGCCAAGCUACGCAGAGAUCUGUCAAAGGAUACGAGAGGCACCGACACAGCAGCCAUCAGCAGAUCCCCGACCUCCAAGCUCCACCGCUGAAGACAUCAAGACUCCUGACUCCACAGAACGCAGAUGCAGAGAGUCUGCACCUGCCAAUUCUGCGGUGACAUGUCCCAGAGAGACUAUAAAAUCUCAUGAGAAUGCUGGAGAUCGAGCGAUCGGAAGCACGACAGCUUCCUUCCACCAAUCCUGAGAGCUCGGCUCUGCUUCCAAGACUAAACGGAAUGAAAACUCUUUGCCAGGGCUGCUCAAAAGUCCCUCUUAUCUCACAGUCUUUCUAUGAGUGCACACAUUGACAAGUUGACACUGGAAUCAGGGCCUACAAAAAAAAGCACUUGUGCGUUUAAGGUUCUCUGAGUAUUUUCGUUGUCCUUUUUGUCAUUUUGUUUUCCUUUACAAGAUCUUUGUUUUUCAAGGAAAAUGGGAGUGAACCAGCACCAGUUGGAGAUUAAGUAUAUUUAAAAAUGUUUUGUCAGAGCUCACACUUUUUCGUUCAAACUGUUGUUUAAACUUAAAUGAGUGCUGUUGGGAGGAAAUACUGUUUUUGUUGUUGUUUUUUUUGGGAAAGUGCUGAUCCUGAAAUGCUUACCUUUUUGUUCUUUUUUUUUUAAAAAUUGAUAUGUAUAUAAUUUUGCUAACCUUUAGUGUCUUGAUACCGACUUCGCUGGGCACGAUUCUGUACAUGUGUCUCUACAGAUCGCUCAACGGACCCAGCGAUUACAACUGCAUGAGUGAGAGUUUUGUUCCGUUUUUAUGUUUGAUGUUUCGGCACUGGAGUGAAGUUUUGAGCUCUGAAUUAUUAUUUUUUUUUAAUAUGCUAAUCCUCUAUCAGUUGUACUGAUGUGAUUAUUGUAACAGGUGUAUGUAUACCUGUUCUUGCGUGCAUGCUUUUUAUGUUUUGAUUUUCUCUUUUUUUUUCUUUUUUUUAAAUAUUUUAAUGGCACACAUUAGUUUGCUGUAUAAUUUUUCUCAUUAUGUUUCCUACUUGCCAUUCGUUUGGGAAGAAUCCGAUCUGAUGCCUCAUCAUUAAAGGGAUAGGUCACCCAAAAAUGAAAAUUCUGACAUUUGUUUACCCUCAUGUUGUUCCAAACCCAUAUGACUGAAACAAAUGGAGAUUUUAGGUGGAAUGUUCAGUCUCAGUCACUAUUCACUUUAUGGAAAAGAUGCAAUUUGAAUGGUGACUGAGGCAUUCUUGUAACAUGCUUCCUAACAUCAUGUUUUGUGUUCCACGGAAGGAAGUUUUCCGGUAUUGGUACAACAUGAGGGUAAUUCAUAGAAUUUUCAUUUUUGGGUGAAUCAUCUCGUUAAAUUCUGGAAGAUCUUCACACUGCAAAGUCCUCUGGUUGUGAUGGGAAGUGUGUUCAUGUGCCUAGUCUGCUGUGAUCUAAAUGAUAGGUGGCUAUUAUUUGCUUCUUAGCUUUGGUUGGUUGUUUGUUAUCCUGGUGUGGUGCUGUUUCGUCACAUGAUUAAUUUGGUGCUUUUAUCUAUAUUAAUGAAGGGAAAGACAUCGACAUUCACCAACGUCUAUCCUAUGAUCUUCACUGAUUCGCUUUCAUAUCACCACAGUUACAAGAGUGGGAUUGUGUACAUAAGUGACGUAUACAUAAAGAACGAAAAGAUCUGAGCCUUCAGCACACAUGGACCAGCGCUGUAUUUGUGGGGUUUCUCCUUUAUGCAGACUUUAUAUUUUGUGUACAUCUCACACACUUGACAUGCCCCUCGUUCAUGCAUAUUCUGUUCAUUAAUCAUUAGUUCAAUAUCCUGUUAUAGUUUGAAAUCGUAUUGGGAAGAGCGAGACAAACCGUUUCUUGUUUUGAUGUCUUCCUGCAUUGUAGAGAAUGUGCAGAAUGCUUUGAGAAGAUUGUCCUGCUGUUUGUCCGUUGUUUAUAUUCUCUUGUAUCUUCCCUGUGAGUAAUUUGUUCCUAGGUUAAUCGAAAAGAAAAAAAAAGUUCAUUUUUUGACUCUGAAUGCAACUGAUUGUUUUUCCUUCAAUAAAUGAUGCAUACCAUGUUUCAAAGUAAUUAAGGUUUCAUUACAUAACCUUUGAAGAUGUUCAGAAAAACAAAGAACCAUCACAUAAAUUAACAGUGUUUGAAGACUUGAAUUUUAAUUAAACUUGAAAAAAUGUCUCUGCCUUAACUUUUAAAAUAACAGUUUGGAGUUUUUGUUUUAUUUUUCUUUCAAUUCCCAAAGUGUGGAAAGAAGGAUGAUGUGGUAGAGGCGUCACAAAGCCUUCGUCACUACAUUUGUGUAGCAUAAUACUUUGGGAUUGAGAUGAGUUUUUUGUUCUCUGUGUAAAUGCUUGUAGUCUAAACUGUUGUACAUGUAUACACUUGUAUGUGUGUGCUUUCUCUGUACAGAUGUAAAUAAUUGGAAAAUGUUAAAAAGGUACCCUAAAAUUGGUUGAGAAAAAUGUAUGGAAAAAAAUAAUAAAUGUUAAUGAGAAAUCAUAUGUCUAUUAAGUAGGUGUUUUUUUUUUUUUUUUUUAUUGUUUUACUUUGUCAUGUUUUUAGCUCACACUUUGGCAUAAAUCCUGUGGUCACAAGUAUAACCACAAGGUGGCAUAAUGCAAGCAUCAGUUCUCCAUAGUGAUCAACUUUGAUUAGCAGAUAAAAGUCAACCGACCAUAACACCAUAUGCAUAAAAGGGCUCUCCAGAUUUUUCUUGUCAUAGUUUUUGAUGUAUAUUUUUAGUAUACCUCAGUAACAUCUAGGAAUAGGUGAAGUUGCAUUAUAAUUAUCAGCAAGGCCAUUCUUUAUAUAAAGUGGGGUCCAAAAGUCGGAGACCACUACUUCAAAUGCCUCUAAUCUUUUUUUUUUUUUUUUUUUUUUUUUUUAAAUCACAUGUUAUCAGCACUGUUUCAGUGAAAAUGUAUUUGAUUUUU